UGCAUCCAAGAAACAGCGCCAUUUUUGCUUAGCUUGCCUCUACCAGUGUCGGCUCAUUGCAUUGUGUUAGAAAUCUAAAUUUUAAAAAAAUCCUACAAUAAUGAGGAUAAUUGUAGAAUUUGGGGGCAAUACGCGCACAUAGUGCUACGUUUUCAAAAGGUGCCCUUGACCAGUUCAAGAUGUCGGCAGAGAUGCUCAGCAUUCCCCCAGGAACAAGCAAGCUCAAUGUGUUGGUGACCAAAUUGCAUGAGUUCUUGGCUCAUGCUCCAAAGGAAGAUGAUGACAUCCAAGGGAUUGAAAGUCUCAAUGGCAUAACAAACAAGGAUCGUGUGGAGCCAUAUGUAACAGACCGAUCCACACUGGAGAACUCAACAGACUCCUUAAAGCAGUCGGGUUGUGCUUCCAGGAGAAAACCUUCGGUUGUUAUUAAACACAGUGGGCUUGAUGAAUCUGGUGCUUCAAAUGAAAGUGACGAUGAGGACGGCUUAAUCAUGAAUUCAAAUGGUUGUCCUGAUGUAACAAGAUUACCUAAAGGUACUGUAUUGGUGAGGCCUGAGCCGGUGGAAAAUGUCAGAGAUGACUUCAGAGGUCCAGAAUUCCGUUGUGGAAAAUCCGGCAAUCUGAAAAGAGUUUUUUCUAGAAGACGAGGAGGAGGUGAGCACUUGGAGAUUGUUAGCUGUACAGCCUGUGGCCGACAAGUUAACCACUUCCAGAGGGACUCCUUCUAUCAGCAUCCCGUACUCAAAGUACUCAUUUGCAAGUCUUGUUUUAAAUAUUACUCAAGUGAUGACAUCAGCAAGGACUGUGAUGGCAUGGACGAACAGUGCAGAUGGUGUGCGGAGGGGGGGAACCUGAUCUGUUGUGACUUUUGCCCUAACGCCUUCUGUAAGAAAUGUAUUUUACGGAACCUGGGGCGAAAGGAGCUGUCUGGCAUUUUGGAUGAGGAGAGUAAGUGGUACUGCUAUGUAUGCAGCCCAGAGCCUCUUCUGGACCUGGUCGUCGCCUGUGACAACGUCCUUGACAACCUGGGAUGUUUGUGGCAAGACAACCGCAAGAGGGGUAGAGCCGAGGGCAAAUCUGGACAUUAUGAAUCCCAUCCUAGGCAUUCUCAAAACAUUCCUGUGGGUCAUUGGAACCAUAGUGGCAUGGAUAGUAAUGUGGUGUUCAACUAUAACACCCUUCAAAUUCCUGAGGAGAUGGCUAAGAAGGCAAAGAACCUGGUGGACUCUACAAACACCGUAAACACGACUUUUGUAAAGUUCAUUCAAGGUGGCAUUCAGCAGAAACAGACAACUGGGUUAAAGCUUGAAUACCUGAAGACUUUCCAGUCUGUACUAAAGGGUCUAAAGAAGUCUCACACAGCCCUGGAGGAAGCUCUUUUGGAGGAGUUUAGGGAGAUGGGUUUGCCAUCUUUUGGGGGAAACCCCACAUUUGAGGAUAGUGAUCCACCUCAACAAGCACAAGAGGAUUGUGGGGAAAUGGACAUUUCUGAAAAUAAUUGCCUACAUUACCUAAAAAAAAUAGCUGCCGAACAUUUGGAAGAGAAUGAUUCGGAUUCAAAGGGCUUUGCAGACGAUGAAAGGCCUUCAUCCUCAAAUGAAAUGAAAGGUGUUCUUGGGGCAGACAUCAUGCCCCGUCGAGGUAGAGGAAGGCCACGGAAAAACUCAAAGCCUGGAGAAGAUCCUUCCAACGUGACAAAACAACUUGUGGUGCAACUAACACCCGUCCCUGUUGAAAAAGAGCCUCUCUGUGGCCCCCCGGAGAUGGAGGUAGAAGUGGAGUUGGAAGCGGAGGAGGAAGAGAUUAAAGAAGUGGAAAAACUUGAGGGAGACUCUGAAUCUAUUGAACCUGCCACAGAAGGGGAAUAUGAAUCUGCUGAGGAGGGAAGUGAAUCAAUGGAACUGGAAGAGGAACCGGAGAAUAGACGGUCACCUCGGGUAAAGACUACACCCUUACGCAGACCAGGUGAGGGCAAGACCAAGCCGGCCCCCUCAGCUGCUGAAAGUGAGAGUGACUCAGACCCUGACACCAGUCCCAAUACUGAGGUGGCUCAAGAAGCUGACGAGGUAGGGCUUAGCAGAGGAACUGAUGACUCUGACUCAGAUGAAGUCCCUGCCGUUCUCCAGAGGGCAGCAAUGACGCGCAGUUCAGAUGAAGCCGCAAGUGAUGAUGGAGACCAUAGAAGCGUUACCAAGAAGUGCCUCUUUGGCCUUAAGAAGAACACCCCUCUCUCUCCAGAAAGAGUGGUCCGGAAACGCAAGGUGCAAGACCACUCCUCUGACUCUGACUCCUCCAGUGAUGAUCUGGACCUGCAGAAGGACAGCAAGACCAUGAGCAGGACCAGGGUGAUGCCUCAGAAGGUUAAGAGAGAGGAUGAACCUAAUCCCAGCAGGAAGAGUCCGCAACACAGGCCCACAGGCAGACCUCGCAAGGUCAAGAAAAAUGAAUCUGCAUCUGGCAAGAAGGGUAAUACCCUGGUAGCUGAGCCUAAAAUCCCACCUCGAUCCCAGCAGAGAACAAAGCAGACCCCAUCCUCUUCCAGUCAAGAAGAGGGGGACCAGGACUCUGAGUCUAGUGAUUAUAGUGGUGACCAGAAGAUUAAGCCAAUCACUGAGGAGGUGGCCUUACUGGGGGCAACAGCUUUCCACCAGUCAUCUGGCGAUGAAGACCAGCCCCAGUCUGGGCCAUCUUGGGCAGCAGAAGAUGAUGAUGAUCCAGAAAAUAGAAUCGCUAAGAAAAUGCUCUUGGCCCAAAUCAAAUCCAACUACUCAUCGGGAGAGGAUUUCUCUUCAGAGGAGUCAUCACAGGACGAUGAAUCUGACCAGGAAGAAAAGGGGCAGGAAGGUGGGAAAGAUGAAAGCUCAGAUGAGAAUGAGGAGGCCUCCAGUUUGAGCUCCGACUCAGAGUCCAAUAAAACUGGUCACAGACACCGUCUGCUACGCCAUAAGCUCAGCCUUGAUGAGGCAAAUCAAACUAAUCAAAAAACCGCUGAAGAAAAUGGAAAUAAGAAAGAUUUGAAGAAGUCUAGGAGAACCAAAGUUGCCUUAGGUGAGAAAUCGGAUAGCCAGAGUAGUGAUGAGAACCAGUCAGAGCCAGAAGAGUCUGGCAUGAGUGAAGAGCUGAGCCAAUCAGAGAAUGAAGGCAAUGAACAGAAGCCUAAAAGCUCUAGAUCCUCAAGCUCUAGAGUUGAGAGGGAAUCCAUCCGUAGUUAUCUACAGAAGAAGCAGCAACCCUCAUGUAUUGUGCUGUCUGACUCCAGUGUUGAUAAGAGUGAGAACGAAGAGAAUGACAGAGAGGAAGGUGACAGUAAAUGUACACCUAAAGGCCGAAAAAAGAUCCGCAAGAUUAUCGUAGACGAGCAGCUCCGCUUGGAGACUCAGAAUGCCCUGAAGGAGGAGGAGGAGAGACGUAAACGCCUCGCAGAGAGAGUCCAGAGGGAGGACUUGAGAGAGGUGAUUGUUAUUGACGAUGAGGCAUCUCAAGUGCCUUGUCCCAUCACUACUAAGCUGGUCCUGGAUCUGGAUGACAAAACCAAAGAGCCACUUGUCCAGGUGCACCGGAACCUUGUGACCAGACUCAAGCCUCACCAGGUGGAUGGUGUACAGUUUAUCUGGGACUGUUGUUGUGAGUCCGUUAAGAAGGCCAAUUCAAGCCCUGGAUCCGGCUGCCUUCUGGCCCACUGCAUGGGCCUUGGAAAGACGCUGCAGGUGGUGACAUUUCUCCACACAAUGCUGCUGUCAAAGUGCCUAAACUUCAGGACAGCCUUGGUGGUUUGUCCACUGAAUACUAUCCUCAACUGGGUCAACGAGUUUGACAAGUGGCAAGUUGACCUGGGAGCUGACAAAGUAAAGGUGACAGAGUUGGCCACACUGAGGCGACCUCAGGAGCGUUACAUAGCCCUGCAGAGAUGGCUUAAGGAGGGUGGUGUCAUGAUCAUGGGCUAUGAGAUGUAUCGGAACCUCACACUAGGCCUCAAAGUUACCCACAGUCAAUACAAAAAGGUCUUUGACAGCGCUUUGGUUGAUCCAGGUCCAGACUUCGUUGUCUGCGACGAGGGGCACAUCCUAAAGAACGAGGCGUCCAACAUCUCCAAAGCUAUGAAUUCCAUUAAGACCAAACGCAGAGUGGUGCUGACAGGCACGCCACUACAGAACAACCUCAAUGAGUACCACUGCAUGGUGAACUUCAUCAAAGAGAACCUUCUGGGCUCACUCAAAGAGUUCCGGAAUCGCUUUAUCAACCCCAUUCAGAAUGGCCAGUGUGCCGACUCCACACCCAAAGACGUUCGCAUCAUGAAGAAUCGGGCCCAUGUCCUUCAUGCAAUGUUGGCUGGAUGUGUUCAGAGAAGAGACUACUCUGCUUUGACCAAGUUCCUGCCCCCUAAGCAUGAGUAUGUGUUGGCGGUGAGGGUGACCCUGCUCCAGUACAGACUGUAUUGCUACUACCUGGAGAACUUCACUGGAGCAAGAUCUGUGGUUGAUGGAGCGAGGGGCCGGACGGGAACCAGCCUCUUCAAGGACUUUCAGAUACUCAGCCGAAUAUGGACGCAUCCCUGGUGUCUGCAGCUUAAUUACAUCAGUAAAGAAAAUAAGGGGCACUUUGAUGGGAAACACCAGGGCAAGGCUGAGAGCAAAGAGAAGGAGAACAAAGGAACAUUGCUGCAUGCUGAUGAAGACAGCAAUGAUGUGGAGGUGAUCCUGGUGUGGAACAGCACAUCAAAGUGUGUCGGUGCUGAGGGAGACCAGCGAGCCGGUCCACUGGUCCCAGUGGUAGAAGCGGUGAGAGCGUCCGCCAGUUUCAGGUCUGACAGUCCGGCUGCAGACUGGUACAAGGAGAUGCUGAGUGACACAGACGCCACCGUCCUGGAACACUCAGGGAAAAUGGUGCUGCUGUUUGAGAUUCUCCGAAUGGCAGAAGAUCUAGAUGACAAAGUGUUGGUGUUCAGUCAAUCGUUGAUUUCAUUAGACAUGAUUGAAGAUUUCUUGGACAUCGCUAACAAAGCCAAACUCAAAGGACAGUCAUCCUUCUACAAAGGCAAUGGGUGCUGGGUCAGAAACACUGACUACUACCGUAUUGAUGGGUCCAGCAGCGCUACAUCCAGAAAGAAAUGGGCUGAAGAGUUCAAUGAUGCCACUAACAAGCGUGGUCGUCUGUUUCUCAUCUCUACGAGAGCUGGUUCCCUUGGGAUCAACCUAGUAGCAGCUAACAGGGUCAUCAUUUUUGAUGCUUCGUGGAACCCCUCCUAUGACAUCCAGAGCAUAUUCAGAGUGUACCGUUUUGGCCAGCUGAAGGCUGUGUUUGUCUACCGCUUCUUGGCUCAGGGCACUAUGGAGGAGAAGAUCUACGACCGACAGGUAGCUAAGCAGUCUCUGUCCUUCCGGGUGGUGGACCAGCAGCAGAUACAGAGACACUUCACCCUGUUUGAACUGACAGAGCUUUACAUGUUUGAGCCAGACCUACUAGAUAACCCCAACUCUGAGAAGAAAAGUAAGAGGAACACUCCUUUGCUGCCCAAGGACGUUGUCCUGGCAGAGCUUCUGCAGAUCUGUAAGGAACAGAUUGUCUGCUACCAUGAACAUGAGUCCCUGCUGGACCACAAAGAGGAAGAGGAGCUCAGUGAGGCUGACCGAAAAGCUGCCUGGGCUGAGUACGAAGCUGAGGGCGCAUUCAUUUUGAACCAGGCAUCAAACAGCAGCACCUAUCUUCCCAGCCCUUCUACCUCCAGCGCUCAGAUGGCCAUUAGUCUGUUGUCUCUGUACAGGAAGACUAAUGAGCAGCUCAAGAACAUGAUUAAUGCCGGUCGUGAGAAGGUCAAAGAGGCCAUGAAGUCCCUGCAUUCCUUACAUGACCUCUCAUUGGAUGAUUAUGUUUUGCGCUUGUGGCAAGACAACCCAAAUCUAGAGCAGAGCCAGGUGAGAGCCAUGGCCCAGGCCUGGAAAGCUAGCAAUGACCGGGAGCGGGAGCGAAGACAGGCCAUAUAUAACAACCUUCUGGAAAAACAGCAAUCCCUUACAAUGUGCAUACAGAACAUUUUGACCAGUAGAAAAACUGAAGUGACCCAGAAAGCCAUUGUAAUCAAUCAAACACCUGGCCUGACAGACUGCUCAGAAACCCCCACAGUGAAGCAGUGCGACACACAGCCACAGUCCCUUGUUGGUCUAGAGUUUGCUUAAGUCUAAGCGCAGUAUGUGGGUGUUGCUUGUUCCCCUUAAAUCUUUUCUCUAAGGACAUCCUUUAUUUUAAAGGGUACAUUUAUUUAGAUUUUUUGCUUUGGAAGAUGUUUUCCUGUUCCAAAUGUGUCUAUUUUAAAGCAAGGUUACAUAAGUAAACCAGCAUAACAGCAAUUUGCCUACUUUUAACCAAAUAUUCAGAAACAACCAAGUCAACGUAGAACAAGUUUUAUUUACAAGUACUAACACAAAGGGAAACUAAAAUGUAUAAAUUAAAAGGCAGUACCCCAAAGAGAGAGAAGACAAACAACCCCCCUUCCUUUCCCCCACCUACAGCCCCACCCCAGCAGCUGCCCCGCCUAACUGCAUGGAAAAAGUUUUACAUUUAUAGAAAUUCUGAUUUAAUUUAUGGAAAAUGUUUCAAAUGUGGUUAAUUGUAUACAUGUCUUUCGGAUGCUACAAUAAAAAUCUUCACA